UUCUGGCUGGGACUUGGGCUUGGGAGUCCGGGAAGGUGCCAGGCGCGGACAGAACCUCGGAGCCCGCCGUCUCUCUCUAGCCAUCACUACUGCAAAAAACCCCCUCCCUGAAGGAGGAGAAAGCACUAGAGAGAGGCACUCUCUGUCUCAGUUCCCAGUCAGUUAGCUUGUUGCUGACAAAAUCUGAAGACGGGAGAACGGACAUAGUCUCUCAGAUCGCGAAAAAUUUCUCCGACUGGGUCGACUGCAGUGUUGACUGUUUGCCAGCUUCAUAAGCAAAGGGCAGCUUUGCUUUGGCCACCUAAGCCUUGAGCCAUGUCUCCUCCGACCGUGCCUCCUACUGGGGUGGAUGGCCUGUCCGCCUACCUGAUGAAGAAAAGGCACACUCACAAGAAGCAGCGGCGUAAGCCCACUUUCCUCACUCAUAGGAACAUCGUUGGCUGCCGCAUUCAGCACGGCUGGAAAGAAGGCAACGAGCCAGUGGAGCAAUGGAAGGGUACUGUGCUCGAGCAGGUUUCCGUGAAGCCCACUCUCUACAUAAUUAAAUAUGAUGGCAAAGACAGUGUGUACGGACUAGAACUGCUCAGAGACAAGAGAGUUUUAGCUCUGGAAGUUCUUCCCGAGAGAGUUCCGUCUCCUCGCAUUGAUUCCCGCCUGGCAGAUUCCCUGGUUGGGAAAGCAGUGGGACACGUGUUCGAAGGUGAGCACGGCAAGAAAGAUGAGUGGAAGGGCAUGGUGUUGGCACGCGCUCCCAUAAUGGACACUUGGUUUUACAUCACCUACGAGAAAGAUCCGGUCCUCUAUAUGUACACCUUGCUGGAUGACUACAAAGAUGGUGACCUGCGUAUCAUCCCAGAUUCCAACUACUACUUCCCUACAGCAGAACAGGAGCCCGGGGAGGUGCUCGACAGUCUUGUGGGCAAGCAGGUGGAACACGCCAAAGACGACGGAUCCAAGAGAACUGGCAUCUUCAUCCAUCAGGUGGUGGCCAAGCCGUCUGUCUACUUCAUCAAGUUUGACGACGAUAUUCACAUUUAUGUCUAUGGUUUGGUGAAAACCCCAUAAGCUUAUAGUGAACUGGGGAAACUAUUGGAGGUAAAAUAUUUGACGUUCUCAAAAUUAUGUGUCUUGAGAACAAUUUUGAGGUCAAAAGUUCAGGACGGUUG